AUGAUUGAGAAGGUUCAUUUUCUGACGUCGUGUAUGUCCCUUUAGAAAAUCGAAUAUAAGAAGCUUAUCGAAAUGGAGGGCUCUUUUGUCUCGCCCUUUGAAGACCUCGUCCCGGAUGCGCUAUGUCCAAAUAAUCGGAUCGCUCAGUACAUACGCAUUGGUGUGUAAUUUCAUUUAGCUUUCAACUUGUUAUUCCAAAGCAAUGGAAAUCGAAAUACAAGCCGAUCUGUUUACACUUUGCUGGCACCGGUGACCACGUAGGUCCUGAGGAUUUUGCUGACACUAUUAUAGGGUUAUUAUAGGCGCCGGGUAUUCUUAGCAAAUCAAUUGUUGGAGGCUGGAAUUGGUUCAAUUAUAAUAAUGAACCCGUUCUAUGGUUUACGGAAGCCGCCUGACCAGCGGUAUGUGAUUUGUGAUCUGUUUUAUUCAUUAUUAUGUACUCUAGAUUGAGUGCUCUAGACACCCAAAAAUAACAAUUAUGUCUACUAUCGACCGUAAUUAGGGCUGCUUUGUUAGCCCAGAAAGAAUUAUUAACUUUUUAAUAGCGCUCGUCUAAAUACGACACGGAAAGUGUGUUAGAUACGAUCGGACUCGAUGUUUGGCCGUGGGUCGUUCGAAAAAGCAUACUCACAUGCAUCCUCUGCGGGCCGUUUUUGAGUUGGAAGGCGUAGAUUAAGUCUCGACCGGCUGCCCAUAGAAUUCUUUCGCGACAGUUAUGCUGCUGCAAAUUUGUUAAAAACCGAGGCAUAACUCGUGCGCGGAAGCGACGUGUUUUCUUGUCAUGGUUAGUAGUUGGGAUAUGUGCCUCUUUCGCCAGCUCCUUAUGCGCGCGAUGCCCCUGCAAAAAAGUCUACUUCAAGUGCUGAGCAUGUGACCUAAGAGAAAAGCACCUUGAUAGCUGUGAACAAAUUUUUUGCCAGAGUACAAAAGAUUCAGUGGGGUCUGUCGUCCUUAUUGCACUGCGUUUGUUUAGACAUAUUUUUCUUGGAUCAGCCUCAUUAACUUUCUUCCGUGGUUGCCUCUCACACAUUAUUAAGGGGACUUUGACUACUUCGCGCUUGGACCAGUUAUUUAUUGCUCAUUUGCAUUCGACUACAAUCUUAUUUGCCUGUUUUAUUUAAUCGAACUAACGGUUUAACCGGACGUCCUGCAAAGUAUACGUAUUUCAGUGCUAGCUCCACCUGCAAUUUGGUGUCGCGAAAACUUUAGGGGAAUGUUGGGGCCGACACUGCCGCUCAUGAAAGCUCAGCUUUUCAUAUAGGGUCGAAACUUCUGAUUUAGCCUAAGACUCUUCCUGGAUGUCCGUGCUGCGUGCCAGGCCUCAUUGCAAGUAAGCUCUCAUAAAUACAGAAAUGGUCACCAGUCUUGCCUAUUUAUCGCGGCUUAUUUUCACCGCUUUGCCCAUUCGAUAACGUAGUUAUCUUAAUUGUUAGAAGUUAGGACCUUCUUUAGGAGUCUGUCGUUCACAUUCCGGCGUGGGGACUGACGAAUUAGAGCACUCUUCCUCAGUGCACAAACUUCGUCCUCAGUCAGAAUGUUAUCGGCCUCCCCACAUACGUUUGACGCAGUAGACAAUCGAACAUGACUAAGAUACAGCAGUUCUAUCGGGUUUUUGUUAAGCGGCGUGCUGGAUAAUGCAGACAUUGAAUUAAAAGGCAGUGUUGGAGGACGAAAGGCUGGUCAAGUGUGACCAGCUUUCCAGCCGGACCUGGACCCAGUCCAAAGCAUCUGAUUGUGCUGACUGCAAGGGGGGAGGCGAAUGAAUUGCGUACUGGCCACGUCCUGGAAUACCCUCGCCCUAGACUAUAUCAACAGUUUGAUUACGAACACGGCACUUGUGGUUGGUCUGAAAAACGAGUGGCAGCAAAUUGACAUUGAGACGACUCUGCAUAUUGUUUUCUCUUCAAGUCCUUUAACUCUACUCUUGAUGUUGGAGGAGAGGGCGGGAAAGUUAAUUAGAAGAUUAGACCUCAAAAGGACUCCAUACGUUGCACAUUUGGGUCCAUUGAGAAUGACUGCUUGAGCUCUCUGAAGUAGCUCGGAUAUAACCGCAUUUGCGUUCUGUAUCAUUAGAGGCAAAGAUCUCGUUGCUAUCAGCCGAAUUGUAUUUGAAAAUGCUUAGAGGAUGUUUGCACUUUCAUGGAGAUAUAGGGGGCUACUGACAUCUUACCACCCAACUGUGAGUCCAGUCUUUUAAAAGUUGCAAUCUACAAAUCAGGAUGGCAGUUAGUCUUCAUUCUAGGCCUUUACGGGAAGUGGGACACAUUGUGAUAUUGCUACUGACGUAUUGGACACUUCUGCGAAUCUUUAUGCCGACCAGUACUAAGCGUUCAAUGCUUUCAUAACACUUGAUCCCUGGAAUAUUAUUGGUUUUGUAUAAAAUGACAGUAUCUUCCCACAUUUCGUUUGUGCCGCUUUUUCUUUGUAUUGCACAGGGGUUCCGGCCUCAAUUACUUGUCGGACUUAUUUGUAAUGGGUGGGUCGCUGAUUUUGGAGUGCCACAACCUUCUACGAUGGUGCUCUCGUCUAGGUUUCGGCCCUUUCGCUCUGCAUGGAAUAUCAAUGGGAGGUUAUGUACGUAGCCAUUGCCUCCAUAAAUGUUUCCCUUGAAUGUUUUAGCUGUUGCCUACAAGCAUACCAUCUUCCGGUGGUGUCUGCUGUUCGCUUACUAUACCCUUUUCCAUUCAUGGAUGAAAUAUUUUAACCCGAGAAUAAGCGGGAACGAUUUUCUUUUCACUUGGCGGUAAAGUCCUCAGUAGGGUUUAGAUAAAUUCCGAAUACCUGUCCGACAAAUGAAAUGGCAGCCGCAUGCUAUACAUGUUACUGCGGAUAUUCUUAGUGCCCAUGUAACUGCCUUUGCUUGAUGCCACUACGAUCAUUCCUGGUCUAGCCGGUCUUAAUGAUGCCCCACACAGUGCUUCAGGCUGAGCUGAUCCAUGGCGGCGGAUCAGAAUCAAAUCUCGUAUUCCAUUACGAUUAUCUUUAAACCAGCAUUUGGAUCCGUCGCGUCCUUAGAAUGCCUUACCCACUUGUGGUAUGAUGACUGUAUCCUUGUCUACUUGCCGUGGAGAACCUUGGCCACUGCGUUGCCCCUUAAGGCAUACUUUUGUAUAAGGAAGGGGAGCCUGACGAUAAGACGGGCAUGUCCUAUAACCUGAUCGGUGAACGUCCUGUCAUCAUAGUUGAUAUUUCCGAUCGCAGCCGAUAGGACAAGGGGAUCCCUAGCUCAAUGGUAGGACCUCUAACCUAACGUUCAAUGACCAAAGGUCCCAAGUUCGUGUCCCUGGUUAUGCAAAACUAGGGUUAUGCACGACUGACUGACGACGGCUAGUAAGUCAGAAAUGGCCAUCCCAAUCUCCCUUGUCUUUGUCAGUAUCCGUGCGGUAUUUAUAGUCGCCAUACGACGGCCUGCGAGAGCUACAGAUUGUGCCCCAAGGCUUAGCCGGACGAACAUGUCCCGUAAUCUGACCAGCGAACGUCCUCGCGCCAUAACUAUUUAUUAUGACAGAUGGGUGCUCACCGAUCAGGUCACGGAACGUGGUCAUUCCGUUCUGCCUUGGGGCUCAUACUAGAAUCCUCGGAGGUACUCGCACGGCGAAUGGUAGUAGGUGUGGAUGAGGUGGUACCGACAAAGACAAGAGAGACCGGAAUGGCCAUUUCUGGCUUAUCAGCCGUCAUCAGCCAGUCACACCCAACCCUGAACUGUGGAACACCCGAAGCUCGAACCCGGGAUCUUUGGCCAUGGAGUUGGACACUCUCCCUUCGUUUUUGUCGGUACCAUCCCAUGAUUUUUUAUGUGUUAUAUAGCACCAGUGUAUGUUUAGCUGGGUGUAAACGGCACAACAUUAUUGCCAUCGUUGGCUGGACCCCCAGCGAUCGCUGUUCUGUUUGCGUUUCACUCCCGAAUGUUAAAGACCGUCAGCCCCAGCCUCCUUUCCAGAUAUGGCUUAAACGCGUCUGGUAACUUUUUUCUGCCAAUUACGACGGCGGCGCCGACGCAGUCGGGAGUUUGGAGACGUAACAUUGUCGCCAAGAUCCUUUUCGCGUCAGUGGUGUGCGUGACCGUUGACCAUCUAAGACAGCGGUCCCUUAUCGCAUCGUCGCCGGGUUUCCCCGGUUGGCAGCAAAAUUCAACAUUUGAGGUUCAACCUAAGAACUGAGACCGUGGUAUUAAGUGGACGCACCAUUUGCCGAACAGACCACCAGCCCCUAGAGACCACAGUUAACUGUUGUUGGGGAGUCCCGCCUCGGUCAUAACCCUAUACUCGGAUGAUUGUUAGAAAGCUCAUUGAGGUGCUAACACACGGGACGCAGACAGCUGUUUCGCUGUCAUUGCCGAUCGUCAGUACCGAUCUGGUACCCUCCAAGGUGAGGUACAUAAGCCUGUCAAGUGGUUGCGUGACCCUCACUUAUUGCGGAUAGAAUGGGAUCGAGGACGAUUCCAGCCACAACGGGUGGGGGUCGUGCGCCUACUUGACCACUUCAGACUAUAAAAGGCAAGUCUAUGGCUCACUGGCGAUCGGUAGUGGCCGUGAAACGGCUGUCUGCCUGACCUGUUAGUGCCUCAAAGACUUUUCGAUGUAUCAUAUUUCGUAUGUUACUCUGGGACAGCGUUCCUUAUCGCCAGCAGCCCAGCUGGCUGGCGAAUGGAAUGGGAUCAACUAGGAUUCCAACCACAAGCGAGGGCCACGUGCUCACUUGACACGAAUAAUUGUCAUCUGUUGAACUUCGAAGUUUGUUUAGGUACUCAGAUCCUGAAAGAAAAACGUGCUACACGUUAGUAGCUGAAGUAGACGAACUAUUCGGCAACCCGGAACAUCUUGUCGGAAGGACACUGUUUGCGGUAGAAAGCCACCGGUCAGUGUUUUUGUCUGCUCAGCGCUCAAUCUCGAAUCGAAUAUGACGACUGCAAAGACUAUGCAGCCAAGGGCAGGUUGCGUUUCCUCGAAAGUGUUCGCAAUCAUGUCUGUAUCCUCAAAAUGGUCAAGAUCUGAGGCGCGAAGAUCUUGUUUCUUUCUGGAUACUAUUGUAGUCGUAAAGUGUUGGGGACGGAGCCGAGUCAGAUGCAUUGUCAGAGAGAACUUACGAGAGGGCACAGUCUCGAUGGACGCCGGAAUUGACAGCAAAGUACUCCUUCUCUUCGUCUUAAGCUCUGAUUUUCGCCUACCCCAAUUGAUAAUUAACCUUGGUGUAGUUCGGGGGUGUCGGGUCACAAUCUUAACCUUUACAGCCAUUCAUAGAGUAUUUUGGCCGACUAAGUCGAGCGUUACAAUAAAAUCGAGCCAACAGCCAGCCGCCGUCGUUUAAGAACAGCUUCACUGCCCCGGUAUCCAUUUUGGGGCGAAUCUUCGGUCGACACAGUUCCUGCCACUGUGGAAACCGUCCUGGAACUCCCUUCUCUGUGUGUCCCUGACGGUACGAAAGCAGUCCGUCAGGAUCCUUGCGAAGGCCUCAACAACGCCCAUUGAGAUGAGGCUUCUGCAGGUGGCGCUUUUGAGGGGGGGUCAUGGAGCGAUAUUGAUCCAGCCCUGCACCACAAAUCCAGCCUGUCAUGCGCGCCAAACGACCUUCCCCAGCCACCUUAAAAGGAGGAUUCAGCACAGCUCUAGUAGACGUCAUCAGGCAGCUCGGCUUCACCCGUGGGUCUGUUGUCUCGUAUCUGCUUAAUUUUCUGCCGCGGACUGCGGCGCGCAGUUACAGUCGGGGCUGAACUUUGCGGGGGCAACCGCAGUCGAAACCAUGUCUGACGGCACAUUCAGAAUCUGGCAUGUUGAGGGCUGAAGAAAAUUGCUCUUGUCAGCCGCCUGGCAGUCGCGUGCUCUGCCGCAUGACACGCAGGCCUGCCCUAACUGACUUAUCGAGUAGCGCUUUAGCGAAUGAAGAAUGAUUCGGAUAGUCUGUAUGGCGGUCCUUCCCACUAUGAUUAAAACAAAGAAUAAUGCCUAUUUCAAACCCCCUGCAUUUUUUUCUUUUGAUACAGAUGGCAACAAUAUGCGCAACAACUGUUGCCGCUCCUGUUUCGCUGAUACCCUGUCUUUCGUGGACUUCCGCUUCCGUUGUAUUCAUCGAGGUGAGGAUAUUAUCGUCAUUUUUGUAUAUAUUCAUAGUCAGAAUAGCAGAAAAUAUUCGAGCACGAUGUUUUGGUGUAUACCCUUUGUUAUGAAUGAAGGCGAAAUUUCGAGUUCCAGGUGUAUGCAUAAGUGAAGAAGAAGAGUCGAGCACCGGAACACUUCGUUUAUUAUCCUGAGCUUUCAGACUCGUGCAGGAGUCGAACGUCAGAUUUAAUAGCAGCAACAGAACAAGCGACAGUUAUAUGGUAGGUAGACCAGUCAUCGACCGACGACGCAAGACUGGAAGUGACUACGCAGGGCUCUGUACGCCGGCGCCAGAUCGAUAAAUCGAUUGACCGAGUUCUCAUCCGAGGCCCAGGCUUCAAUCAAUUCUCGGCCUGUUUUGUUUCCGGCGUGGGCGACCGAGCGCAUUGCUGCGGAGCUAGGUGUUGGAAUUGCACACCCCCCCAAAGCCACCAUGCGCAACAGGGUCAUGAAAAUCAAAGGCCGGUUAAAACCUGAUAAGCAAUCUUGAGUAGUGUAUCGCAUUCCGUGUCAAAAUUGUCCUUGUCACUACACAGGACAGACUGGACGCAUGCUCGGAUCGCGCAUACACGAACAUAAGCUGGCUGUGCGGCGAGGCGACGCAUUAUCACAAGUGGCCGCCCACACCUACGAAAUGGGUCACGAGUUUAACUUCGCAGUCACCAAAAUAGUCGCCCACGCCGGAAACAAAACAGGCCGAGAAUUGAUUGAAGCCUGGUCCUCGGAUGAGAACUCGGUCAAUCGAUUUAUCGAUCUGGCGCCGGCUUACAAAGCUCUGCGUAGUCAUCUGCAGUCGUGCGACGUCGGUCGAUGAUUGGGCCUACGUGCCUUAUAACUGCCGCUUGUCCUGUUUCUGCCACUACCUCUGACGAUGGACUCCUGUACGAGUCUGAAAGCUCAGGAUAAUAAACGAAGUCUUCCGGUGCUCGACUCUUCUUCACCCUUUGUUAUGUUAGGUAUGUCAGUCAUUUUAUGAAGUGCUCGGUCUGACAUGCGCCGACUUUGUCCAACACUUCCUCGAAUUUUCACAGAGCUCAUAUUAUUUAAUGAACUUACAGGACUGUUUGAGACGGAGCCUUUGGGUUUCUGCUCCGAUUGUAAUGUCUGUUACUAGAAACUUCUGCACAAUAACGCCGUAGCAUAAUCUUUAAGCCGCAAACCGCAUCUCCAUGUUUAUGCUAGAGCUAUGGACCGCCGGGGUGCCAACGCGCUGUUUUAAUUCAAUCGAAGCAGAAAGCGUCCUGCUCAAACUGUUACUUGGAAAUCUCCGCCUGGCGGGCCGUACUACAACCGGAAAGUUUUCAUCCUCUGUUCAGUUGGUGGCCACACAGUUCCCAAGGGAGGGCAUAUGCAGUCACUACGACUGUCUCUGAGCAUUGCUUUGAGUGAGAAUCCAAAAAAUACCGGGCGAAUUCGUGUCUUGUUGCAGCGACCACAUCUCACUCCUGCCAACUGUUUCCUGGAGCUCGUCUCUUUGCCUCUACCGGCGAUACAGGACCCGAUGUCGUUGCCUCUGGCCGCUGGUGAGACCAGUGUUCUUUGCUAACGAGGAAGACGAGACAGGGGUAUCAGCUGUCUUCUUAGAUUCGAGUUGUGUGCGCUGUAUUGCCGGAGGGGUGACGCAUUCAAGUCUGCCGUGGAUGACCGGGACUGUGUGUGCGUGUCGAAGUCGGUUAGACCGUAACAGGCCAGCGCCCCUGGAACCCGCCGUUCGCAGAGGCAAUGAAUGACUUUGACGUAGCGAAGCGCCGGGACGCAAGGACGGCUGUCUACGGCUAGGUGUGCCUUUGAAGACUGUCAACUGAUGCGGUAACACGGUCCUCCUCCGAACUGAGAGUUGAACCGAAAUGAUUGCCUAAUGUGGUCCUUAUGGCGCCUCCUUGACGUGAGAUCCGCGAUAGUUUAGUCUGGUUCGUUUUCACUAAGGUACCAGUAUGCCGUGUGCGCGUUUACUCAUGAGCUCUGUCACAAUAACCGCCACGUUCACGUUUGUCCGUAGCCGUUUUGAUCGUGCAUUAUCCCUGGUAUACGAUAAAUCAAGAAAGAGAUGGAGAAAGAUAAAUGUGUCGGAAGUAUGUUUCAUUAUAAACAAAUUCACGGGCAAGUCACUACUGCGUUCUGGACGCUGUGUUCGUGGUUGUCAUCGAUUAUGUCGAACUAACUGCCGGGUAUGGAUAUCGCUUUGUCAAAUUUACGUGUUUUACAGGCUACUCUGAAUUUGUUUGACGCAUUUACCGAGGCAAUACGAAAGAUCUGUUAAGGUAUCCAGUCGUCUUUUUUAAAUAAACAUGCCAUUUGAGCAAUAAAACUGCCCAUAGUUCGAAAUUGCUGUCUCUAGUCGCUGUCUUCGAAACCCCUCCUUUUUCACUCCUAGGGAGUCCUUGCCAACUCCGUGGACUGGGCCACCCUGACGAGGCAGUACAUCGAAGACUCUGCAUACUCGCGUGUCAUCCGUCCUCGCAUUCAACCCUCCAUCAAACCCAUCUUCCAGUACAAGCUGGAGAAGCAAAAAGAGCCAGGUAAGAUUCAGAUACUGACUGAAGACUCUGUUUGGACUCGCGAACCUUUGGGCUUCUCCUCCACCUUCCUCCUCUCAUAUUUACGAUCAUUAUUAACGUCGUCAGUGUUGGCCAUAAAUUCGACGCGCAGACUUAUCGAACGCCCCAUUCAGCCGUAUUUUGGACUAGGUUCCUCGUAACUUUUCUGAAGAAGACGGCCGCGGACUUCGUACCGAAGCACCUAACUCAUGGUGUGGCACUUGUGCAAAUUACCUCACAGUCAUUCUUCCUGGAUGACCUAGCGACUGCGGAGUGCUUGUAUGCCUAACAUUAAAUAUCGUCCCCCUGCAACAGUCAUCGAAGACCGUUAAUCGGUACAAGUCAGGAGCCUUGAAAAAGGAGACACGACCGUUGGGACAAGAGCUUUAUAAGCCUGACGUUUCGGAUUCCUGCUCGAGCCCACCAUCAGAGACAAAGCAGAUACGGGCGGUUCUUCCACAAGGGGCUGCAGUAUUUACAGGAUGUAGUCGCCAUGCUACUGCAUACCUACGAAUAUUCACGGCUCCCCCCUUCAUCAGGAUUCGUUGUACUUGGUGUGCUGACUGUCUGAUGGCCGACGUUCGCGUCGUUAAUCACUGCAACGCACGUGAUGAAAUUACAGCAAUUAACGACGCGAACGUCAGCCAUCAGACAGUCAGCACACCAAGUGUAACGAACCCUGAUGAAGGGGAGAGCCGUGAAUAUUCAUAGGUAUGCAGUAGCAUGGCGACUGAAUCCUCGCUAGAGGUGACAACAGCGUGAGCCGGGAGCUGCUUGAGUCAUGGUCUACUGGUCCCCAGUCCAUUAACAAGUGCGACGACCUUCCCCUUCCAUACUCGGUGCUGAGAAUUCGCCUGGGCAGAGUAAUUAGCCACGCGGGGAGCGCAUAGGUGAGCACUUUUUCCACCGGGUCGGUGGAUCAGACUGUCGAGCAAUAAUCACACCAACAUUCAACACAUGUAAUGAAAUGGCAGCAAUUAACGACGUGAAUGUCGGCCAUCAAACAGUCAUCGCACCAAUUGCAAUGAUCUCUGAUGGAGGGGGGAAGCCGUGAACAUUCAUAGGUAUGCGGCAGCAUGGCGACUGCAUCUUAUAAAUACUGCAGCUCCUUGUGCAUGAACCACCCGUAUCUGCUUUUGUCUCUGAUGCUGGGUUUGAGCAGGAAUCCGAAACGCCAGGCUAAUAAAGCUCUCGUCCCGGUGAUCGUGUCUUCUUCUUCAAGACUGCCUCCCGGGACUCGUCUCUUCACUUCUAUUGACAAGUCAGGAGCAUUCCCCUUGCAUAUUCAGUUUUUUAGCGGUUGGAGCAUGGCGACGGGUCCAUGGGUGGUACCCCCUCCCCCCCCCAAGAGCUUCCAGAAAUCCGGCUAGCAUCAGUUUGACGGCGAUCCCAUCCUUACACCGUCCUAUUCGCGACAACUUGACUCCCAGAUCUGUAUUUUUUACUUUCUCGAACUGACAGUUCGCAGUCGAAGAUGCUACGUUCUACUGACGCUGGGCGCUUGCAUGGGGAUCGCGAGGAGGAUCGAAACCCAUCCCACGGUCUCGUGGAGUGCCUAGGCCUUGGACAUUUUCAUUAUAUGACUCAGUAUACGGGAGCUAAUAUGCUAACCGGUUAGAUUAUUCUAGUGGGAGUGCUUGCUGGAGAAUGUCAGCCGGAUUAUUAAGGUGGGAUUACCAGCGAUUCAGACAAUUUUGCGGACAUUCUUGACUGGAUCUGAAUGUGGUCGUUCCCCAUUUGAUUUCUCUGAUUCACUUAAGGGAUUGGCUUUUUAUCAUUAGGAUGGUGCCUAACCGAAGGUCAUUUGUGUUGUUUUGAUCGCGGACGAUGUGUGCGUGUCUGUACCCGAAAGCACACCGCUAUUUUCGUGAUUGUCGGGAUCGUGUGCGUGUAAAGAUCACGUCAAGCCUCACUUCCCCUUCGUGCGUGCCUGUCGUCAUCCGCUUAAAUCCGACCCUAAGAAUAAUCUUGAAUGGAACUACCUGUACUGGUCUUGGCACCAUCAUUUGAAGAAUUUACAAUGCAAAGUUAGGAAGUCUGGAUAAAAGCCGAAGCCGUGUCUCCGAUAUUCUAUCUGGCAACUAGUGUUAGUCCGGUUGGGUGCAAAUUGCCCUCUGAUCCAUAAGUUUUCACAAAAAACGAAACAAUCUGAUAAAUAUACGCCUUUUCAAGGGGGGGGGGAUGGUUGUCGGCCAAGUUGUUCCAUUUCAACCAACGUGUCAUUGCUACCGCGUAUUUAUGGUUAAAUCCCUUGAUUCAGCAGCUGCAUGAUUUUUGAAAAGCCAACUUCUACACGGCUUUAGGGAAAACAGGCAUAGGACUUUCGGAUACAGGUUAGCACACGUAAAAGAUCCGGGUCGAUAAUCUGAGGAAAAAGGACUGCUCACCGGAUCGAGGGAAUUGUCCUUCUGACGUUUUGGAGAGCUUGGCCGGCUCUCCAUUAUCAAAGCGUCUAGUGCAAAAAUGGAUCAGAAUUUUGUAUGUGCGUUGUUUGUCGUCACCUCAAUGGGGAUGGGUUGCACCCGUGUUCCCCUUUUGGAUGAGUUAGUCACCGGACCGUGUUUGCUCGCCAUUCUUAAGCUCCGUAUGACCGUCUUGUCCUGGUCCUGGCGUAUGUAGUGACGUAGGACUUUAUAGGCCGCAGGAAGGUCUAGAUGCCUGUUGAUGGAUUUGACAUCUGAGUACCAAGCCUCAAGUGUGAGACGCUCUGUCCUUGAGGUGCUUCGACCUAAGACGGCUGCUCUUUGAAAGUCAAAACUGUGGCCAGCUUCUCCGAUGUGAGUCGCAAGCUGUGAGUUCGGGUCUAGUCUCCGAGUUGCCAAUUUGUGCUCCCGUAGACGGGUCUGCAAUUUCCUUCCGGUUUCUCCAACGUAGUUACAGUCUCCAUCGGUACAACGUAUUUGAUACACAACUGCUGAGGCUUCAGUGGCUGGCAGUAUUUCUUUGGGUUGCAUCAAACGGCGACGAAUUGUUGCCUUGGGUCGACUAAUUUAGUCAAAAGGGGACACAAACGCAACUAACCCCAUUUGAGGUGACGACACACAACACAGGAGGCUACCAGCACUCACAAAUGACGGCCAGUAGGCCAAGGCAGCGAAAGGAGAAAAAAGUCGAUCAACCCAAAGCCAAUUAAUUCAGCUGUCUAUUCGAAAUUCUGAUCGAUUUUUGCACUAAAAGCUUUGAUAAUGAAGAGUCGACCAAGCUCUCCGAAACGUCAGCAAGACAAUCACCUCGAUCGGGUGAGCACUUCUUUUUCCUAAGACUUUCGGAUACGUCUGUUUCGAGAUUAUUCUGUAAUGAGAUAAACUAAUGGAGUUCCCCAUAUACCUUUUAUUCGAUGCUGAUUUAGCAAAAUCCAGCAGUAACAACCGCUCUUUAGGAAAUUUCUGAAAUGCUCAAGGGUUUCGGGACAGAUGGUGCAUUUACCACCCACACAGGCGUUUACCAACUUAAUCCGAGGGUACCUAAAGACACUCGCACCAAAACUGCUGUUUAUCGCAAAUAAUGUACUACUUUCACGGUUUCAGUACCCAUGUAAUAGUCUUUUCUCGUCGCAAACGUUGUAGCAAGGAAAAUCAGAAUCUUGCUUCACGGUUUUGCGGAUACACGUGUUCAAACUUACUUUUUCUAAAGGGUACUCCGAGCAUAUUUGAUGCUCUCGAUUAUCUGUUUUUUGUAUGUACAACAGCUCGACCACCGUUCACGCCAACACAUCGGGUGCCAUCUGAACGAGAAGGAUGAGCAUUACUAACUAUCUGAACAUCGAGGUCGAAUAUCCUUGAUUCCUUUUUUCCCUUUGCUCAUUCAUUGAGUCCCCACUUGGUGUAUUUUUCGCCAAGUGAAGCCAUAUCUUCACUUCCACGACAGCACAUGCGCUCCGGUUUACUUAUUAGGCAGUUGAUGCGUUUGAUUGGUAGUGCGGAGGAACCGUCUGGAGCCUGACCGCUCUUAUGAAGAUAAUAUAAUUAGACUGGGGAAGAGGUGUCUAAAGCAUAAAAAGCUGAUCAUGAAUAGACUAGCUAAUACUUCGACCUCCAUGCUCCUCGCCCUUUCCACGUGACCUUGUGAAUGGAACGCGAGGCAGCUCUGGUUGGCCAGCUUCCAUACUGGCAUCGUUCAUCGUCUUUGUUCGAUCGUAAGUCGUCCAUCUCGGCGAGGAAUCUUCACCGUGACUUUGCACCGCUAUGGCUUGUGUUCUUUUUAUGCUGGUAACUGAUUUUACAGAUCUGUGAGCAGGUACAUCUAAAGAGCGCUCGACCAUUCAUCCACACAUUCAACGGCAACUGCCUCCUCCCCUCUCUUGGGAUGUAUCCAUUUGCAUCAGACCUGUCUACUUGGUCGAUCUUACAAUGAGACCUUGCCGAAACUCCUCCCUGCUUGACUGUAUUAAGUCGAUUACACGGAAGACAGGAGUGUGAGUAGUUUUAGGCGGCUUCUUGAUGCUUUGCCAGCUGGAGAAGCCCAUCCACUUGUGAUGGAGCCGAGUGACCUUCGCUUCAGUGAUUUUUCUAGUCAUGUAGUCUCGGCACAUCGUUUAUAUCGAGCCUGUAAACAAAGCGUAAUGACCGCUGUUAUUGUUGCUUCUUCUGCCGUAGGCAGACCUUCCCUCGAUGCGAACCUCGUCACGUAAGGACUAGGCAUUGUCAUAGUUACCGCUUCUUUCAUGCGGUUCGGUCUUGCCAGUGCUUGGCGGUGUUAUUUUACGUAAUACUUCUUAACCGCAGGACAGGAAAGUAAGAAUGUUUCUUUGUUCUCUUAAGAAUACUUUUUAAACGUUUUUUUUAAAUGAAACUUUGUCUUCACACGUGAAGCUUUUUAUGGUCAAUGACUAGCAACUAUCUCGUCAAUACGGGCUAUAGAAAAAAGGGAAAUUUGUACGUAAGCCUGAUGGUCAUCUGGUGAAUUUCUAGGUGAAUUACUUAGGAAAUCCUGCCUGGGCAGUCAACUUACUGUUUAAAAUUUGGUGGAUUCCAGACGUUACAGCAGGUUGGGCGGGUAGCUUGACCAAAAUGUGAUUAUACUCGCGUCGUCCGGCGUGGCCUCGUAGCUCAAGUGGUUAGAGCGUUGGCUGUACUAAAGCCUUCCCCUUACUACGUGGGUUCGAAUCCCACCGAGGCGCCGAGUUUUCACAGCUGGGUCAAUAUGAAAUUUGUACGGUUUGAAAACUCGUCGUCGUCGAACAGAGGCGGACUGCCAAUCUUCCCAUUUUGUGCCCGGUGUUGUAUUGUUGAGCUUCUGCGCGUACGUCUCCUAACUGUACAGAUUGUCGGCAUUAAUCAUAAUUUUGACUUUGAUGCCAGUCAGCGGACGUCAUCAGCGCAGUGUCGGCGAAGCGGAGCUCGAGCCAGGGCCUCCUGGCGGUUUCUCCACAGACUGUCUUGGAAAGAUAAGUACUGUAUGUUAUAGUUACGGACUAGGACAGGCCUCGUCUGUAUGUUUGCCCAUCUUCUGCGUCAAUGGAGCCAGCUUUGUAACUCAGCAGAAGGCUUAGCUCAGAGCAGAUUAGUCCAGUCGUGCAUCUCGCGGGACUAGGGGACAUGGUCAGUUCAUGGAGUUGGGAAACGCGUUAACUGCUGCUCUCUAGUAGAACGCCACCGCCCGCUGGGCUGCCGGACUGACAGGCUGUGCGUGGAAGCACGAGCUUGCUUGCCAUACCAGUUUUCUUACUUCCCAUAGUUUGCACAAAGAAAAUAGUGGCCGUUUCUAAUUACUUACAGCAUUGUAGACCGCACAGCUCGAGUCGUACUCUCCCAAUUUGCACACCCAAUUGUAUGAGUCUUCUUGGCCGUAGACGUGCUAAUUACAGAUUCCGAAUUUCUAUUCAAGUAAUAUCUUCGGCCUCUCAGUGUUAUUCGGAUUACCCUAACAGAAUUUCGCACGUCUAAAACUACAGUGAGUGACCAAUCUCAUGAAAUGUUGGCCAAAAUUUUGAAAUGCGUUUUCGAUUAGGAAGGAUUUUUAGGUGGGGUUGUAAUACGGAUUGUCUUGCGGCAUAAUCCUAUAAUAUUUCGGACUCGGUAGGUGGUCGGCUUUUGAAUACACUUCUUUCCAACCUCCUGUAGGGACUUUAUUCGGUAAAUAUUGGCUGCUUAAGUAGCAUGCCAGCAUCCCGAGUGAGCGAAAUGUCCGUGGAUUAUGUUGCAGGAUAAUCAUUCCCACAAUCCCACAUAACAAAUCUUUUCUGAUAGAAAAUGAAUUUCAGAAUUUCGGCUAGUACUUCAUGAGAAAGGCCAGCCGCUGUGUAUUUGGGGAAUAGAGGGUGGGAGGCGGGAACCUGCGACUGACUUUGAGUAAAGCCUUUUACCUAAGAGUGCCGGCUCCUCUUUGCCGACUGGACCGGAAUUUUUACAGCCUCGUCGCCUAGCCGAAUCCAUUCUGCCUCCAUUCGGCCUCUAUUCAAAAUAGCUACAUCACCUUGACGAAUGCGUCGAUUACUGUGUCACGGAUAUGUAGAUAAGAGUUAGCUGCUAAUUAAAGGCCGAGCAGGGCAACCAAUACGCGCUUCGAGGCCCUUGGAGUGGUCUGUUAUCUUGGAUUCCUCGCACAAUCAUGGAGAUUCAACACCCUCCUAAUUGUUAAGUAUGACGCCCUUGAAACUCACGGCGCUCUAGAAGUCCUAACUUGGAAGAUUGUAAAUUGAUGAAAUGACUCAGUUUUACUCCGAAGGGGUGUCACACUGCAGUGAGUUACUCAUGCGGCGUCUAUGGGGCCGCUCAUUUUCGGUGAGAUCCGAGUCCGUGUGUAGAACGCCAUGUCAACCUCUGAGCCCAUUCUCACUCCCAGCCGGCUUGACUCGCGGAUUUGGCUCAUUUUCUAUUGUGAGACAGUUGUCACAUGAGGGUGGCGUCCACUGGCCUAUCCUGAUUAUGGUUGCCUGUCGUCUGUUCAGCUUUCUGCUCGGCAGGUCCAGGUCAGUACAGUUCAGUAUGUUUAAUGGCAAUAGGCAUUCCUUUCGGGGGCCCUAUUGGAGACGGCACAUACAGUAUCCAAAAAACACGGCCUACUAUAAUGUAUUCAGUAACACGAUUUUCGUAAAAUAUUAUUGUGACAGUAGGAACAAACCCGGGCCCCCCUAGUAGGUGUAGUAACGCGCACCUGCGUUAGCGGUAGGUAUGAGCAAAGCUAUGAUUUAAUGCAUCGGAGUUUUCCUGUAUGAUUGAACGCUAUUUUUCACGCAAAGAUAUAUCCGGUUUGUGUUUAAAUGCCUUUGUUGUAUCCGCCAUUACUACGUCAUCGAUAGGUCCGCUCCAGGCACGGACAACGUAAUACUGACGAACACAAAAUUCAUUUAAAUACCGUGUCUGAACGCACAGCAUCUUCCAGAGGCCCCGUCCACUAAGUCCAUACCUCACCCACUCUCCAUUCGGGCUCAGAAUUGAGGCCCGGAUCCUCGAACUCGAUCCCCUUGAGCUUCCGAUCAGCACAUAAAACAUGAGUCUUGAAAAUUGUCCCCCCAACCCUACACGAGACAGAACGAACCCUUUCGAAGAUCACGAAUUUACUGCCUUGGUACUUGCAUUCUUGGAUUUGGAGAGGCGGUUAGAGGAAAUAACACCUACCAGUAGAGGAGAUACCUGACCUUAUAAAAAAGAUCAUUCAAGAGUCCUAUUGAUUGCGAAUUUUCCAAUGAUUCAAAUCACGACUUAACAGCACAACUUUGAGUUUGUUUACAUGUUGGGUGCCAUUGUAGUGGGAGGACGGGCCCGUGAACUGGCUACCAUGUCUUCGGAUUCUGGCAGAGCCGACCAACAACAGAUCUACCAAACCGCCAUGUCCACGGGGAAGGCGCCUCUUGUUGGUCGGUCUCCUAGUCGCAACCCUAUGCUGACACCCCAGACGCCUAACUCGACUUCACCUCCUGCAAAUAACUCCAAUCCCUUAUUUCUUACCAUCAACGGGUAAGUUAACACGCGGAUGUCCUUUAUUGGUCCUCUUACCCGACUUUUGAAGCUUUCCGUUUCCGUAGUUGACGUCUCGAAGCUCUGAGUUUCCGUUCUUUUGACUGAGGCUGAUCGAUCCUCACUCAAUAUCAGCCAGCCAACGGCCCGCCUUGCUCACCUCUGGCAGAUGGGGGCUGUGUGCAGAAGUUCGCUUGCCCAAAUCGGUAAAAGAAUGCAAACGGCCAGAUGGUUUACUGCAGUAUGCAGCGUGACGCUAAGCAUCAAAAUAUGUUUAUUUUCGAGCACCGGAACAUUUUGUUUAUUGUUCUGAGCUUUCGAACUCGUGCAGGAGUCCAUCGUCAGAGAUGAUAGCAGCAACAGAACAAGCGACAGUUAUAGGGCGUGUAAACCAAUCAUCGGCCGACGGCGCAAGAUUGGAGGUGAGUGCGCGGGACUCUAUACGCCGUCGCCAGAUCGAUAAAUCGAUUGACUGAGUUCUCAUCCGAGGUCCAGGCUUCAAGCAAUUCUCGGCCUGUUUUGUUUCCGGCGUGGGCUACUACUUUGGUGGCUGCAAAGUGAAACUCGUGACCCAUUUCGUAGGUGUGGGCGGCAACUUGUGAUGAUACGUCGCCUCGUCGCACCUAAGGUGUCUGUGCGACGAUGGACUCCUGCACGAGUUCGAAAGCUCAGAACAAUAAACAAAAUGUUCCGGUGCUCGAAAAUCCUUCUUCUUCACUUAUACAUACACCUGGAACUCGAACUUUUGCCUUCAUUCGUGAAGUUUAUUUUCUCAUAUAAAAGACUGCUUAUUUGAGGCAGUACCACCACUAAAUGCAGCCUUAUAACUCCAACUUGGCUCACACACCGUAGCAUGCUGGUCGUUAACUGGGAACCUACCCGGGCACCUCUGUCGAUAUCGUUCUCUCAGCUGGCCACUUAAGCGAUGUAAGUGCUCCCACCAUAUUUUCGUGCGUGCCAUCUUCGCAGAAUGGACCGACCAGGUGUCAUUUCUUUAUAAUCCUUUUUCGAGGAAAGCAGAUCUUCUUUAAAUCUAAUACUCGGAGGUAAGUUUCGAAAGUUGUUUGUACUUUUUCAAAAUCUCCGUUUUGCGUUUUUGUGGGUGUGUUCACCGAGGCAUCUUCUGAGUUUCUUUUCUUAUUGCUAUUGUGAGGCAUCCUGACGCCCACAGAAAUUGGGCCUAAUUCACAAACUUGACAAUAGAGAGCCAACCGCGCUCUUCAAAUCGCCCACAGUGCAUAUGUUCCAAUCACCUUUUCCUCUCAAAUGAUUGGUAUGCACGCGUAGUAAGGCAAACGUCCCUUCUAGCUGAAGCACUCCUUUCUAGGAGCGCAAAGUUUUCAAAAAGGGUACCCUUCUCCUCACGAGAGAUCGACGUUUCACUAAUCCCUUCCUAUGGAUAGCAGUGACAUUCAAGUAGGAAUAGAGGUUAAGGGGGGUGGAAUGUGUGUCGUUUUUUCGUCAGUCCUAUCGAAGAAGAUAGUUGAGGGUUUUCUAAACUGACAGACUUUAUUUGGCACAUUUCAGACUUGCACGCACAAUUAAGUUAGCGUCGAAGCACUGGCUACAAUUUUUAACCAUGCGUCUAAUUAUAAAAGUUUGCUUAAACGAGCUUACAUGAUUCCAGCCAAUUUCUACGUUGUAGGGCGUCGGCUUUUAACUAGUCCCUCUUCGUCCACCUGUUUCCAGCACUCUGACCGGAAAUUAACAGUUGUUCGAUGUUUGUUCAUUGUCUUUCCACGUCUGAUUUGAUUCUGUCAUAUAUCUCGACCUAUUUUGGAAUUUACGAAAUCGGGAUCUCUAGGACUUUUAUGCUCUGAGGGAAAGAGUAUUUCAUCCUCUACAGUGAGUGACCGAUCUCAUGAAAUGUUGGCUAAAAUUCUGAAAUGCGUUUUCGACUAGGAAGGAUUAGUUGGGCGCAGUUGUAAUACUGAUUAUCUUGCGACAUAAUCCUAUGCUAUUUUGGACUCGGCAGGAUGUCAGCUUUUGAAUGCACUGCUUUUCAAACUCCUGUAGAAAUCGUACUCGGUAAAAAAUGACUACUUAAGCAGCAUGCAUUUUCCCCACUGAUUUUCGAUGGUCUUGCAAAUUCAAACAUAUUUUAUAGAAAGGACGAACAAAAGUAUGCCUUCUUUCAGUCGUUUGGUAGGGAAUCACGUCUUCUUUAUAUUUUAUACUCUGAGAAGGAGUAUAAUUAGGUUGUCACCAUUCCUACAAUCGGUGGUCGAGGGCAGCGUGGGCUGCUUUGUCGUGUCUCCGCCGCAUUUGAGAUGAUUAAUGUCGUUGAGACUCAUGUUUCUUCCCACAAAGUGACUGAUAUUUUCUGUGUUCGCCUUCCUAAUGGGAUACCGUGUCCCUUUUUUGUUGUUCCACACCUCCCCCCACAUCUUCACAGUCUCUCCUACCUGAACAACCUUUCCAAAGUCUGGUCGUACGUGAAAGCGCACAACAAACUGCACUUCUACGUGGACAACUACGUCCUGGACGGCGCCAUGUCCGUCCUGCGUUCAGUGCCCUCCGUGCUGCCUGUGAGCAGCCACUUUCCACCCAGUCCGGAACCGGACCCCGAGGUGCGCGAGUUUCUGCGUGAACUUCUGGACUACUUCACCCACCUGGGCAACUUCCCCUCCGUCUCGGAUACUCGCCUAAUCACCUCGGUCACUGCGGGUCGAGAUGCCUACGUGCCACGUGACGGCGUUGUGCCCUUUGACGUAGUCUUCCCCCACUCCGAUAUUCGCACUCUGCCCCAGUGUGGUCACGUCAGCGCCUACGUCCGCAACAUGAUUUGGAGUCAUGACUUCCAGUAGGUGGCGUUUUCGGCUUCAUGUCUGGUCUGCCCUAAAAGACCUGCUGCUUCACUGCGGUACUGGUCGUUUUGGCGGUGCAAUUAUGAGUUUCGAUUAGUCUCCCAGGCUAGAGCAACUGUUGUCUUCAUGAAUAAUAACCUAGAACGAGCUGGCGAACUUGGCCUCCAGAAAAAGAGACUGCUGGAUCUUAUCGAACCGCGAUCAGCUGUGGCCGAUACCUCACGGUUGCCGCCCUUUGUCUGUACAGCUGCUGUAGGUGACUUAUCUCACGAAACAUUAAUUCAAAUUCAGAAAUUUUAUUUAGCCUGCGAGAGUGGGUUAUAAUACUGAUUAUUCAUAGAUAUUUUGGGAGAUUUUGGAUAAUUCAUAUUGACCCAACUGUGAAGAACUCGGCGCCUCGGUGGGAUUCGAACCCACGCAGUAAGGAGAAGGCUUUAGUACAGCCAACGCUCUAACCACUUGAGUUACGAGGCCCCGCAGAACAGAAUCACAAUAAAUUCCGGGCAGACAUUUUAGUCAUUUCACUGCAGAAAAAUAAUCAUUGUCUUCUGCUUCACCAUGGGUGGAAGACUGUCCUGCUCUCGGAAGAUGUUUAGUAAGUUUGCACUCUCUCGUUUGGAUGGAACAUGUAAGAGGUGGCAUGACACCUUCCGAUUCGUUUGGAAAAACAUAAUUUGUCUACUUCACAGAGCUAGUGGAGUUGAUUCUUUAGGGACCGUUGCGUGCCUUAAAACUUGGCAAUGAGCACGACGAACUUUUGACUGACCGAAACUAAACCGAGCAAUUAUUAUCCUUGAAAUGCAGUCUCUGUCUACACAAGGGUGUCCUCCUCUAGUUAGACCAGUAAGGUGAUUUAUUUUUCAUCCCAUCAUGCCCCUCUUCUAGUCAAGCCAUCUGUGAUACUCUGAACCGUCACGUGGUCCUCCACUACGGAUCCGCCCAGCCCGUCUUCGGCAAGUCUGUCAAGACCACUUCGACCACCUGA